AUGGUACACCAGAUCUCAGUUUUGAAGAAGUACAUGGCAAAUACUUAUCGGAUGAAAGCAGUCUUCAGUAAGCGAGAGAGUCUUCCAUGUAUUGCACCACUGCUAACCACAGUAGAGGAGACUCCACAGAUCAUCUCUGCUCAAGUUCAAGGACAUUUUCCUAAGUGGCUCAAUGGCUAUCUACUUCGAACUGGACCUGGGAAAUUUGAGUUUGGGAAGGAUAAGUACAAUCACUGGUUUGAUGGAAUGGCUUUGCUUCACCAGUUCAGGAUGGAGAAGGGCACAGUGACAUAUAGGAGCAAGUUUCUACAGAGUGACACAUAUAAGGCCAACAGUGAUCACAAUCGAAUUGUGAUUUCGGAAUUUGGCACACUGGCUCUCCCUGAUCCAUGCAGGAAUGUUUUUGAACGUUUCAUGUCAAAGUUUGAGCUGCCUGGUAAGCAGCCAUUGAUGUGCCCAGAAUUCGUAGCAAUGACCGACAACACCAAUGUCAACUAUGUGCGAUAUAAGGGUGAUUACUACAUUAGUACUGAGACCAACUUUAUGAAUAAAGUGGACAUUGAAACCAUGGAGAAAACAGAAAAGGUAGACUGGAGCAAAUUUAUUGCUGUGAAUGGAGCAACUGCACAUCCUCAUUAUGACCCAGAUGGAACAACAUACAACAUGGGGAACUCCUAUGGGUUACAUGGUUCUUGCUAUAAUGUUAUUCGGGUUCCUCCAGAGAAGGUGGACCUUGGGGAUACAAUCCAUGGAGCCCAGGUGAUAUGUUCUAUUGCUUCUGCAGAGAGGAUGAAACCUUCUUACUACCAUAGCUUUGGAAUGACAAAGAACUACAUAAUCUUCAUUGAACAGCCUCUAAAGAUGAAUCUGUGGAAAAUGGUCACUUCUAAAAUUCGGGGAAAGGCCUUUUCAGAUGCAAUAAGCUGGGAACCGCAGUAUAAUACACAGUUUCAUAUCGUGGAUAAGCACACUGGACAGCUUCUUCCAGGGAUGUACUACAGUAAACCUUUUGUUACUUUUCAUCAAAUCAAUGCCUUUGAGGAUCAGGGCUGUGUUGUAAUUGAUUUGUGCUGUCAAGAUAAUGGAAGAAGCCUAGAAGUUUACCAACUACAGAAUCUUAGGAAAGCUGGCGAAGGGCUUGAUCAGGUCUAUAACUCAGUAGCCAAAUCUUUCCCUCGAAGGUUUGUUUUGCCCUUACAUAUCAAUUUGAAUGCCCCCGAAGGAGAGAACCUCAGCCCACUGCCCUAUUCUUCUGCCAGUGCUGUGAAACAGGCUGAUGGAAAGAUUUGGUGCUCUUAUGAAAAUCUAUAUCCGGAGGACUUAGAGAAGGAAGGAGGUAUUGAAUUUCCUCAGAUCAACUACGGUCAAUUCAGUGGCAAAAAAUAUCGUUUCUUCUACGGCUGUGGCUUUCGGCAUUUGGUGGGGGAUUCCCUGAUCAAGGUUGACGUGGUGAAUAAGACACUGAUGGUUUGGAGAGAAGAUGGCUUUUAUCCCUCAGAACCUGUUUUUGUUCCAGUACCGGGAACUAAUGAAGAAGAUUGUGGGGUUAUUCUUUCUGUAGUGAUCACCCCCAACCAGAAUAAAAGCAACUUUCUUCUAGUCUUGGAUGCCAGGAACUUUGAAGAAUUGAGCCGAGCAGAGGUACCUGUGCAAAUGCCUUAUGGGUUUCACAGUACCUUUGUAACCAUCUGA